ACGGUUCAUUGUAUUGUCGGCCAUUUUCAACGCGUGUUCCCUAGUUAACCAUACUCUCCCGUAACUUGUUUCCGCCGACAUAGUUAAAUAUUUUUUGUUCGUGUGUCACGUUUUGCGCCUACUGCAUACCGCGUACCCAUUUACGUCGAGCUAGACACCGUAAACAUUUUCGUCACACAGUUUGACGCAGCCGACCUACUGCUGCCGCUCCGUCUGACCCGUGUGUUUAAGCACUAAGCACGGAACACCGUAAAAUCAAAACACUUUCAUACCGACAAUAAUAUUCCAUUAUUAUUUUACCGUCUCGCCCUAGUGUUCGUUAGUGUAUAACCGUUUCUCGAUCAACAUGUCUUCAACCGAAUUGAAUGAUGGCGCCAACGGUGAGAUGCCUUCCGAGUCCAAACCCAACGAAUACGUGUCGGCCCUGGUCAAGGAGAAGUACGCUCUGGACGCUGCCACCCAUCAGAACACGAUGAAGCUCAUCGACGAAGAAAUUGCUAGAGCACAAAACACCAAUGGAAAACCAGAAGCUGCUUAUUUGGACAUAAAUAGUGAUAAACCUAUUCGGCUAACUGCAAAAAUUAUGGUUCCAGCUAAAGAAUUCCCAAGGUUCAACUUUGUUGGUAAACUAUUGGGACCUAAGGGAAACUCAUUAAAACGUCUUCAAGAAGAUACUAUGACCAAAAUGGCGAUAUUGGGCAAAGGAUCAAUGCGUAACAAGGAAAAAGAAGAUGAAAUGAGAAGCUCAUUAAACCCAAAGUUUGCGCAUCUUGCUGAUGAACUCCAUGUGCAAGUUACUGCUUAUGCGCCUCCUGCUGAAGCUUAUGCCCGUCUCGCUUAUGCACUUGCAGAACUCCGGAAGUUUUUGAUACCCGACCAUAAUGAUCAAAUUGCACAAGAACAAGCACGUGAAAUGCAACAAUUUGGAGGUGCUCCACCUGUUCGUCAUCCAGGACCAAUAAUUCACGCUCCACCCCCUCCACCUGCAGUGAUUCGACAAAUGCCACCUCAGCCACCACGUAUGCCGAGAGCUCCAGUUCCAGGAAAGGCCAAAGUAAUGAGCAUAUUGGAUAGAGCUCGAUCAGCAAUGGAAGGCUCGAAUGCUUAUCCUGGUAAUGGUGGCUAUGGUGAUUCUGGUUCAUCUCAUUAUUCUCAUUUUGAUUCUGGGUAUGGUGGUGUAGCAACAUAUAAUGGAGGUGGUAAUGACGAUUAUUACUCGGGAAAUUCAUAUUCGCAAGAUAAUUCUCAAAGUGGAGGUGGACGUGGUUGGAAAAAUUACAAUACUGGCGGUAGUAGUGGACCAUCCAAACCGACUGGUAAUCAAGGUAGUCGGUAUGGAGGUCGCAACGCCCCAUAUACCAGACAAAAAUAAUCAGGUAUUUGUCAGGCCUAUUUCUAUUGUAAACGAAUAUUGACAACAAAGAGAAAUAUUGGGUAGAAUAAUUUUUUUUCAUGAUUUGACAUUUCAUAAUUAUCUCAAUAAUAAUUUUCCACUUAGUAAAACAAAUUAAGAUUAUCUUAUAUAUAUAUUUUUUUUUUUUAUAUACGUAUAUAAAAUAUAAAAGUAUUGUACAUCCAAAAAAAAGUUGUGUAUACAUGGGAUGUUGAAUUCCAAAUCAUAUUUUUCUUAAGAUAAAACAUUAUAAUUUAAACAUAAUUGUGUAAGGAAUACAAUUUAAAUAAUAUAAUUUGUACAAUGGAGUGUAAAAUACAAGUUCUGCACAAAACUUCUUGAUUAGAUUAUUAUUAUAACUUUAUAUCAAAUAUUGUUGGGCUACUUAUUUUAUUAUUAUUUUUUUUAAAUAUGAAUUUGUCUAUAGGAAAAUGUUUAUAAUUUUUUGAUGUAUUUUUGAUUAUUACCUUUUAUAGAUACUUAGAACAUACAUUGUUACUAAAGGAUAGCACCACUGCCACAAUAUAUUUUUAUUCAAUAAAUUAUAGCUAUUAUUAUUGAUAAAAUAUUUGAGUUCCUUUACCUAUAUAAUACUGUUAAAUAAAAGAAUAAUGAAAUAAAUUUGUCUACAAAUAAUUAUUUACAAACACUAAAUUGCAUUCAAACAAGUUAAAACACAAUCACUAUAGUAUUUAAUAAUUAAAUAUUAAUAAAAACAAAAAUAAGCAUAGGGCAAUAAUUAAAAAAUUCUAUUGUGGCAGAGGUAACAAUCCGCUUAAAAUUAAAAUUUGCCUGUUGCUGCUAAUAUAUUACAGAUGCUGAUUUAUUAUAAAAAUAUAAAUUUAAAUUCGAACCCAGUG